CCUAGAGCAGCCAAGAAAAGCACAUACCCGAGUCGCCGAAACAACAACAAUCCCAAUCCCCCCUCGUCACUCAAAACUCGAGCUCGAGCAACAAUGUCGCUGAUUCGCCGUGGAAGCGCAUUCGACCCCUUCUCCCUCGACCUCUGGGACCCCUUCCAGGGCUUAUUUCCCUUCGGCUCUGGAAGCAGCAGCAGCAGCAGCCUGUUCCCCUCGUUCGGAGGCACCACCACCAGCUCGGAGACGGCCGCCUUCGCCGGCGCUCGCGUCGACUGGAAGGAGACGCCGGAGGCGCACGUGUUCAAGACCGACGUGCCGGGGCUGAAGAAGGAGGAGGUGAAGGUGGAGCUGGAGGACGGCAACGUGCUCCAGAUCAGCGGCGAGCGCUGCAAGGAGCAGGAGGAGAAGACGGACACCUGGCACCGCGUGGAGCGCAGCAGCGGCAAGUUCCUGCGCAGGUUCCGCCUGACGGAGAACGCCAGGACGGAGCAGAUCAGUGCGUCCAUGGAGAACGGCGUGCUCACCGUCACCGUGCCUAAGGAGGAGGCCAAGAAGGCCGACGUCAAGUCUAUCCAGAUCUCCGGCUAGUAUGCUCAAGCCCACAACCGAUGGUGUGCCGUCUUCGUCUUAGUGUUGAUCGAUCGGGUAGUUCUUCACAUGCCGGGUGUCCAUAAAAUGCCAGCGUCCGUGUAACUGUGUUGUACCGGUAUCAUGGCUGUCUUGAGUAGCGUGUGUUGUGGCUACUGUGUUCCGAACGAUAUUGAAGUCUCAUCCGUCGUGUAUCAGUGCCGUCUGUAACGAACCCAGUUUUAAAGCAUUUCGAAGUUGAGUUGUUUGGUUCU